CUGCGUUCUGCAACUUUUCCUUCCCAGAUGUCAGGCUCUUGCCACAGCCGGCUGCUCAGCGUUACUGUCAAAUUUCUUCACCGCUUGGUUCCCACCGGCGGGACUCCAACCACAGUUUGCAAGCUCCGUGUUUCGGUUCUCCUUACCCAGCCUCUCUUCCCUUCAAAUCUAUUCAAUGUAUCGUAGCUCGGCUCUGACUCCCCUUAAGCAGGUCUGACCUUGCCUCCCUUUUUCUUCAUGAACAGUUAGAAAUGUUCUCCGUUUUCCUAUGAUAAGAGCCACUACCCUUGUUUUUAGACACUGUACAGCAUCUGUAUGUAAACACCCCCAGCCCAACCUGUAGUAAGGCUUCUGUUUCUCAUACGCGUGUUUCAGCCAUCUCUUUUAUUCCCAAUUUCUUAUUGUUUUGACCUGUGUGAAUUUAGAUCUUUAUCGAGGAAAACUGUUCAUAGAAAUAGUUCUACUCAAAUAGGCUAACAGACUGAAAUAUACAGGAGUUAUGGAUGUAUAUGAUGAUUAAUUGUGAAAAUGGUGGUCGCAAGACACUGCUUUCUUUUGCAAGUUCAUCAGAGCAGGAUGCCUGCCUUCUUGGCCUUAAAUCUAAGCCUGGCUGUCUUUAUCAUUAAUGAAAAACAAUAUCGCCGUGCUACUCUUACCAGCUCCUUGCUGCCACUUUUGGAUGUUACUUUUAAGCCCUUGGCAUGCUGCAUGCCAUUUGAAAAUCUUUGUACACAGUGGUUGUUUUCUGGGGAAAGAAUUUAAAAAAUCCAACAAAACUUUAAAAGCUGAUUGGUUGCCUUCAAGUAUUUUCCUUCUUUUUCUAAAAGUGUCUCAAAUCUGUGGGUUGCUGAAAUGCACAGCAGCUUGGCACAAUCUCUGUGGUUGCCAAGUGUGUGAGCCAGUUGGAUCUCAAGGAAAUGUAACUGCCUGCAACUAGUCCCGUGGUGACUUUUAUUUCAACAACAAGCAAACAUCUUUUGCUUCUUCGAAUGCAAUGACUCAGCAGCUACAGGAUGAAUUUGACAGCAGUGUGGAGAAUGCAGAAGCUUGGAUGAAGGCCAUCCAAGAGAGACUGAGGAUCAAUGACAACACCAAAGGACCUCGAUCUGCCCUAGAAGCCAGGCUGAGAGAGACUGAGAAAAUACGUGCGCUGGAACCAGAAGGCAGCUUGAAAAUGGACUUGAUUCUUGCAAAGGCAGAUGCUGCUCUUCGUAGCGUUGGUGAGGAUAAGAAGCACGAGGUACUAUCUAAACUGAAAGACAUUAAAGCCUUGUGGGAAGAGACAGCCAUAUACAUUACUCACUGUCACAGCCGUAUUGAGUGGGUCUGGCUGCACUGGAGCGAGUACCUGAAAGCCCAAGAUGAGUUUUACGCAUGGAUUCACAACAUGAGGGUGACCUUGGAGCCUGACAUUGAGUUGCAGCUUGGCUUAAAGGAGAAGCAGUGGCAGCUGAGCCAUGCUCAGGUUCUGCUGAAUGAUGUCUUGAAUCAGUCAGUCCUGCUGGAAAGGCUGCUAGAGGAAGCUGCUUCCUUGUUCAACAGGAUAGGUGACCCCAGCGUUGAUGAGGAUGUUCAGAAGAAAAUGAGGGUGGAAUAUGAAGUAAUCAGGGAAGAAGCUCAGAGCAGAGUAAAACUGCUUGAAAAAAUAACCAAGGAACAUGAGCAGUACAGCGCUAACGUCAACCGGUUUCGAUCGUGGCUGAAUGGUGUGACAGAAAGAUUAAACUGCUGCAUUGGAGAAGCAACCAAGUCUUCAGCAGGGGACAAGUUAAAGACACUGAAGGAAAUUGCCAAAAACGUUAGGAGCGGUGGAAAGAAAUGGAAGCACCUUGAAAAUCAGUGUGCAGAGGUGAUUCAAAAUACCUCCCCACUUGGAGCUGAGAGAAUGAAGGAUGAACUCGAAGAGCUAAGAAAAGCUUUGGAGAAGUUGAAACUGCUGAGCAGUGAGGAGGAGGAGAGAUUGCUCAAGAUCCAACAGUCAGAAAGCGCCUAUGAGUCCCAAGCCAGGCAAUUAGAAGCGGAUGUCCAGGAACUGAAAAAAGAUCUACAGAGACUAGAAAAUGACUUGGACCCUGGGGAAGGGGAAAUGACUGAAGAUGAGUUUGUAACUCUGUGGAGAAAAUGCAAUGCAACAAGAGCAGCUCUGGCUGCAGAAGAGUCCAGGGUUGAGAGGCUGAAGGCUCAGCUUAAGGACCUGCUACGGUUCUCCCAAGAUGUGCAGCCACAUGCUAAGGGUGUUGUCUCUGCAAUACAGAAGUAUCAAAGUGUUAGAGGCAAGACAUCUAAAAUGAGCACUGAUACAGAAGCCCAACUGAGUAUACUCUUCCAAAAUCCCCUGCAAGAUUUUGAACAGUGGAAGCCAUCAGUCCAGAUGCUCCUGGAGACUCCGGAGCCAGCUCUGGCUCACAUUGAGGCUGCUCUAGCUGAAAGCUCCCAGUUCAAAGAGAAGUUGAUGACAUUACAGCUGAAGAAAGAUUUGCUAAACAAUAUCCUUGGUGAGGAAAAAGCAAAGUCUUUCCUGCAAGAGGUAGCUGAAGCUUCAAAGGAGAGAGAAUUUCUACACAAAAGUCUGCUCCAAAGCAAGAGCAAACUCCAGAAUUUGAUAUCGCAACAUGAGGACUUCGAUGCUGGUUUCACACCUUUGCAGAAGAAAUUAUCUACCAUCAAAGCCAAAUUAGAUCUAGAGAAGGAACCACGGCCUGACCUCUUGGGUAAAAAGACACAACUCCAGAGGCUCCAGAUGAUCCAAGAUGACUUGGCAGAGCUUGCGAUUCAAAUGGAGGAGGUAGAGAAGCUCAUUCAGUCAAAUACCACACACAGGCAUGAAAUGAACCAACUUUCAUCUGACUUUCAGGCCCUGAAGAGAUCGUUGGAGGUGAUGAUACAGCAGAGUGAAGAGCACAUUCAGAAGCAUUGGGCAUAUAAUGAGAAACUCUCUGACCUCCAGCAGUGGAUCACAGUAACCACAGGGAAGAUUGACUCCUACCAGGGUGCUGAUGGAGAGCAGAACACCGAGGGCAGGGUGGCAGACCUCAAGAGAUGGCUAGCUGAGUUUCCAGAUAAGGAGAUCCAGCUGCACCUUGUGGAAGCUCAUGGCCAGCUGGUCAUGGAGAAUUCUUCCCCAGAGGAGACUGCCCAUGUCCAGGCAGAGCUAGAUCAGCUGAAGCAGUCAUGGAGAUCCCUGAAGGAGAUGGCAACUGGCCUUCUCAAAAAGUGGCAGUUAAAUAGACCAGUGGCUGAUAAGAAGAAAAUAGCAUUUGUGGACAGCAGAUGGAUGUCUGGACCUACCUUCCAGCUUUUAGAUGUAGAACCCAACCAUAAGCAGGAGGGGAUAGGAGGAAGGCAAAAUACAAGCAGACACCUGAAGCUCCUACACGACUUUGAAGAAUGGUUAGAAGGAGAAAACACCAAACUGACCAAAACUCUUGCUGUGACUUCAUCGUCCACAGAGGAAAUCAAGGCACGCCGGAGCAAACUGGAGGAGCUGCAGUCUCGUGUGCCUGAUGGUCAGCGUCUCUUUGAGGACCUUCUUCAUCUUCAUCCUCUCAUUGGAAAAUCUGAAGAUCUGGAGGACCUGCGGUACCGAUGGAUGCUCUACAAAUCUAAACUGAAAGAGUCCAUGAAUUCACCGAGUCUUGGAUCUUUGGAAGAAACAGACAGGCUCAGAAAGAAGCGCUCUGGAGGCAUUUGCUCAUUCCUGCAUCGAGUGUGCUGGGCAGCGCUACCAUUGCAACUGCUCCUCUUGCUCCUCCUGCUCCUGGCCUUUCUCCUGCCCCUGGCAGAGGAGACCCACAGCUGCACGCUGGCCAACAACUUUGCUCGGUCCUUCAACCUGAUGCUGAGAUACGACGGCCCACCUCCAACCUAACUUCUUGCCAUGGCAUGAGGUGAUUCUCAGAAAUAUAGAGUCUUCUUUUUAACAAUUGCAAGUAUUGUAGACUUUAGGGCUUCUAACAAGGCCAUCAUAUCAACUGGAUAGGUCACAUAAAUGCAAAAUAAGAUUAGUCCACUUUAAUCAGGUAUUUGAGCAAAUUUACUAUUUUUACAAUAUUUUAUUAUAAUAUUUAUAAUGUGUAUAAAAAGAUUGUGUGUAUGUAUGUACAUAGAUAUAUAUAUAUUAAAAAAUGCAUAUCUGUGGCCAAACUAAUAUCCACCAUCCACUCGUCCACUGUUUGGAGAUAAUCCUGUAAUGUUUCUGUUUCUACCAUCGUUCAGCAAGGAAUACUGACUGAUGGUUUGGUUGUGGGGGUUUUGGGUGAUUUUUAAAGUCAGAUUCUUGUUUACAGCUGAAGUCAGAGCAAGUAUGAGAAGAUGUGGGCGAGCAGCAGAGUGCAGAGUAGAAUCUUGUUUGAGUACAGUGGUUGACAUUCAGUCCAAGGAAAAUUGGGACUAUUCUAUUUGAAAUCUUGAGCUGUUUUUUCAGUAACUGGAGCAGGGAUUUCAGAAAGUAAUGGAAAUGUUUCCACUGACUUCAGUAGGAGCGGGGGUGGCCCUCCUCUUGUUCUCAUUUUUUUACCGGAUUUCUUUUCCAGUUACUAUGUUCUCCAGCCCACCUGAAUCAGGAGAGGUAGAAUACAGUAGGCAGGAAGCUGGGAGAAGAGAAUGUAAUUUUUGUAACAUAUCUAUAGCAGGAGAACUUUUAAAAUCAGGUCAUAAUUUUCUGAACAAAUUUGUGAGCACUGAACAAAACUUUGUAUUGGUGGUCUUGUCCUUAAAAAGCAGUGGGGUUUUUUUGUUUGUGGGUUUUUUUGUGGUUUUUUUUUUUUUUAACUUUAUAAAAAGAGGCAUUUGGUAAUGGAUCACAAAGCCUGAACAGUGGGAAGCAGCCUGGCGCAGUGUCAGUGAAGGAAAAGUCGGAAGUACUUUAAUAGUAACACCCUGGAAAUGAGACUUUCCUUCCUAGAAUGUUUUUAUAUUAAAGGUUAGUUAAACUGGUGUAAACUGAUUGUAUCAAAGACAGUCAAGCCUAGAUUUCUAUAUAGUCUAAACUCUUAAGAUGACAACACACUGUCAUUUAUUUACCUAACCUUAUGCCUGAUUUAUCAAAUUUUGAAUGUACAUUUUAACAUUGCCUUUUUAUGUAAAAACAAUUCUCACUUUACUGUGAUGAAACCAUUCUUAGUGGUGUUUUACCUAACUGAUACCUGAGAGAAAAGGUAUUUUCUAAAAUUCUGUGCUAUUUCUGAGAGCUGUCUCUUAUUGUCUCAUCUUUUUAGCCACAGUAGUAAUCAUGCAAAAAAAUUUAAUCAAAGAUUCCCAUCCUGGCUACGUUGUGGGAGGAACUUGUCUUCUAGGUAGCAGUGUGGUGUGUUAGGUGUUGUUCCACUGAAUAGUAAGUUCCAAAAUAAUAUUAAAUCUGUUGUACAGGUACUGAAGGAAGAAGUCAUACUUCUUUAACGAGAGUUUUGCUGAAGAAGCAAACUUAGAUAAAAUAGGGAGGCAUAGCAGCAAGGAGCUCAUUACAGGCACAGGAUGAGGGAGAACAGGCAGAUGUAAAAGAGGACUAGCUAAAGAUAGAGAAGAGAGGUGUCCAACAAUUUAUAAAGCCUGAGAAAAGGAGUCAGGGUGAAUACAGAGGACAAGAAUACAGGCUCUGUGAAGAAAAAAAUCUCUGAAUCUUUUUGGUUCCCACUCCCUGCUACAUUAUUCAUACUAUUGCAUAUUAAACAGCUUUUCUUCAGUAAUAUUUAAAAUAGGGCAAGUAACAGGGACUCUACCAGUGUUCUGAGGAGACUCUUCCAGGGCCAGAACUCUGUCUCUGUGUUCCUAAUAAUGCUUCCAACUGCACUGGGUUUGCUAGAGUUGAAUAAAAAUGCCAAAAUUCUGCUAAAAGUGAAAAGGAGAAUAGAAAGAGAGCAGGGAUGGUGAAGGUGUUCAGGUGGAGUGCAAGAGGAGUAUGGCGAGGAUCUGAACUGAUGCGGUUUAAAAACUGUCAGGAGGUAGCAGAAGAGCUCUAGCGAGCAGGCAGAGGGGGGCUAAAAGCAGAAAGGUGAGAGAGGAUGUACCUGAGCAAUAAGAUGUUCACAUCUAAAUGGGAAGCAAAGGAAGGUAAGGCCUGUGAUUUCUUUCAUGAAGCAGACGGAUGGAGAGGAGCUAUAAUUCAUCAGAGAAUGGGCAAAUUCUUUCUUUGCAACGGUUCUUAUUGGUGACGGAGGACAUACCUCCUUCUCUCCUCUGAUUAGCUGUGCAAGAGCCAUGCACAUUCCUGCAAUGGUCCUCUAAAAACUGCUGCCAGCCCUGAGGGAAGAAACCCUUGUGGCUGUGCAGCAAGGAGCUAAUCAUCACACACAUCUCCAUUUCAAAUCAAAUGCUCCAGUAGAAAAGAAGUGUGGGGGAAGACGGGCAGUAACAAAACCUGCUGUGUGUGGUUGUGUAUAUGUGUGCUUGUGCGUGCACUUUUCUGUGGCAUGGUUACAUUGCACUUCUCUGAGUUUUGCUGAGCCAUUCCAGGUGACGAAAGUAAAAUGCCAGUGAGAAAGUAAAAAUAAUGAGGAAAAAUAUGGCCACAAGAGAAAAUCAGUAGGGAGACAGACAAGUUUUUUCUAUGAAAGCACAAAAUCUCACAUCAGAUUUCUUUCUGCCCAGCCUUUCUGAUCGGGAUUAUUUUUAUGGGUUCACAAAUGCAUUUGACACCACAGGAGUAUGCAACUGGGGGGAAAAAAAUUUCUACCCAGAGGACCAUAACAGCACAACUGCAUAGCCACCUUGAUUUUUCAGUGUUGUGGCAGGUUUAAAAAAAAAACAAACCACUAAAUUAGAAACACACUUUUGCUGCUGGGUUUGCAUUCAAUUUAUUCUAUAAUUAAGUCCCCUGUCUGUAAUCCUGGAUUUUUUUUGCUUUUAAUCUCAGCAAAUCCAUUCUCAUUAAUUUAAGUAAUCUAAAUAUCUCACAUAAGGGAUGAAUCUUUCUACUGCUUUGCAGUGGAAACUAUCCAAAGCACAGGACUUUGAUGUUCAUCUCACUCAGAACAAUUUCACUCUUCCAUAAUGUCAUUGACCUCACUUGUCCAAUGCAGGUGUGAGAUUUUUCUAAGAAAGAAAGAAUUUCUAAAAAAUCACAGAAAUAAGCUUGAAAUGUAAAUGCAAAAUUUACUUUAUUUUUUAUUCUCUUGUCUUUCUUCUAAGAAGUUUGUUAUACUGAUUUCUGGAAGUGUCUGUAAAUAUUAAUCAAGUCACUAAUUGGAAUAAUGAAAACAAACUGCCCCGUUCAACUUCCAGGAAAUUGAACAAAGCUCAGAUUCCUCAAAACACAAACUAAAUCAUACUGUUCCCGAAUCAGUCCUUAAAAUUUGAGCACUGUUCUUCAUGACUGAAUCUUUGUUCACACAUGAUUUGGGGGUUACACCCUCACUUUUGUGCCUAUAAAAUUCCCAGCUCAUAGAUCUCUGACAUCCACAUGUAACCAAGAUGUGUUACAGCCUGGCUUUCGAUUGGGGCUGCUGCCUUGAGACAUCCCUUGCCAAAAACCUAGGAUUCACAAAACAGAUAAGCAUCUACAACUGAGGGCUUGCAGUGCUUUACUCUAAACCAGAUCCAACCACUGUCAGAGGGUGCUAAACCCCUCUAAAAUAGAUUGAAUAUGUUUGAGCUUGUAAAUUGUUUGUACAUGUGGCUCAGGCCACAUAGCCUACACUACCUGCAGAUACCCAGGCUGUUGACAGAGCAGAGCUCUUGUGCAUCUCUGCAGGCUCUUUUGCCUGCAGUAUUGGACCCAGUAUUUGAUUGACCACAUUAAUGACCCUUCAGUGUUGAAGGCAAAAUCCGGCACUCCAGUGCCCAUCCAUUAAGGUAGAAAUUCUGCACAGCCCCAAAGGCACACUUCAAACCCAGCCUUUGGAGUGAAAGCAAGCCUGAUUUAUAAAUUGUAAUUGAUUUUGUAGCCAGAUGCUUUCAACAGAAUUUUCCAUGACUGCAAUACAGCGAGGUAGAAAUUUGCUGUUGUGCCACAUGCCUAUUAAUAGCCCAUUCUCUGAUUCCAGCUAGCAAUUUAGAUUGUAUUAAAUAUUAUUUGUAUAUGCCCUCUCCAGAAAUCUCUGUAUGAAAAACAUGUUCAGUUCUAUGCACACAGAUGAAAAACGUUGUAUUCCCUGGUAGCACAGAAUCCCCAGAGCAAUCAUGAUUUCUACCAAGUACUAGCCCAUUUGCCCUGACUGCAAUACUUACUAAACUCAAACAUUUGGGGCUGAAAAGAAAGCUACUAGCCAUACUAAUAAAAACACCUGAUGGUUAAUGAAUGAUUUAGAGAGCUUUCAGAAUGUCUUUCUGCUUCUCCUUAAUCCUUUUCUUUGGGGUAGUUGAAGACCUCAGAGAGAAGAAGAGUCUCCAAAAACUGGCCAUCACUAGAUAGGCAGAUGGUAAUCUCCGCAUUUCUGAAGAAAUAGUAUGUUCUCUUUAGUUGCUCUAGGACGUCAGGAGCUUCCUCCAUCUGAUCUCUUCUUCAGUAUUGAAUAGGAAAUGUUUUACUUUGAUGUGUGUGCCUAUACAUCUCAUUAGCACUAACAAGGUUUGAAGAGUGAGUUCAUAUACAGGAAUUCUUUUAAAUUGUGUCAACAGGAGUACAUUGUCUUCUUUUCUCAAGAAAAAACAGAACUGCUGUAUGCCAGAGAUUCCUAGAGCAAACAAAACCUUUUCUAAUAACUGAAGAUGACAGACUGAAAUUAAACGGGAGAAAUAGCUUUGUCUUUCAAGAAAUGCUGGUAUAAAUACCCCAAUAAAGAUAUCUUUGCCAGGCAUUAUGGGUGUCUUUCAGGGCAUAGGUUAUGUGCACAGCUAGCUCUAAGAACUGCUUUUGGAGACUUUACUAUCCGUUGGACAGUAUCGGUUGCUAGUCUGCAGCUGAAAAUAUGUGUUUGCCCAAUGAACUACAUCGGCUUCUUUCAGAGUCGCUGGGGGCUGUCGAAGAUACUCUUGGUAGUUCUCAGACCAGUGACCUGCUCUGAGCCAUUACAAGUUUAUUGCAUUAAUCUAUCGGUCAGCUGUUGGCAGCUCUCAGAAACCAGUUUAUUAAAAUGCUAAAGAUAAUGUUGUUGGUACAGACACCACGAUUCAUUCAGGAACCAAUCAUUGUUUUUGCCAUAUUUAAACAUAAUUAUCUGUUGGUUAUAUAGGGUUAUAAAUGGAUUAGUUGUAGGUGUUGGGUAACUCUGUGGGAUGUUUUAGGCACAAGACUUUUUGACUUGCACAUGUAUGUUUAAGAAUUGUGGGGUCAUUUUGCAUUUGCUCAAUGGUAAAACAAAACAAAGAUUCUCAAAUGUAGCAUUUUCAAAAAAAACCAUAUAAAGCAGGAUGGAAUAAUCUGUCACACUGGUGAUUUUUUUUAUUAUCUUUUGUCUAGCCAACUUAAAAUACAGAUACGUGUCUACCAGAGAGAUAUCAGUAGAUCUGGAAAAAAAGGAAUAUCUAUCAGGAAUAAACCAAUUCAAGCCAUAGUCUAAAUGGCACCUUUGCUACCUAGCCUACUUCAGUAACUGCCAGAUUUAGCUCCCUGUAUCUGUGAGCUAACCACCCUCCUCCUAGUAAACCGUGGGCGAGAUGAAACUGUGCAGGUGAUGGUAUAACAUCCCACUAGAAGCAGCAAGAGAUAUUAGGUCUUCAGAAGGCAGCCUGAUAUCUGGGUGCAAGAGAUAAACAUGUAGGUUUGGCGUAAUGAGAGCAACCCAGGACUAAUAACACAGGAGCAAGGGUUUGCUGUCCUGCUCUGCCAGACAAAAUUUUGAUGGUCGCCAUCAGCACUGUCCAGAUCCACAUCCCUGUCUGUGGAAGGAGGCUCUCUUCAGGGUAAUUCUCUCUAGCUGAGAUCUGAGUCUUGGGAGUGCUUUUUUUCUUUUCAUUAAACACAGAAGAAACUGCUAAAUCAGCCCCCUCAGUGACAGAUUAAUGGUAGGUGGUAGGCGCUGAUGCUCCAGGAAAAGAUGCAGGAAAUGCUAUUGUAGAUAGAUCGUCAUGAAGGUCUGUGUUCAAUCCUUAGGAAUCAGAGGUUCAUUAUAGAACUGAAGUAGGAGGCUUUCUGUUCCUUUGCCAGUAAAUGCCAGCUGUUGCCUUUAGUCUUCUGGAUUUUGGGGGCAAGCCUGUCAGUGCCUUACUGAAAGCUAGUGGCUUUUUGGCUUCAGAGCCGUUCACGGCAGUGAGUUCCACAUCCUUCCUAUGAGUUGUGUGGAAAGGUAUUCCCCGGAAUUGAUUUGGAAUCAGAAACCUUUUGUUUGGGGUGUAGGGGUGGUUUGAUUUUUCUUCUUUGGCCCCUGUGUGUCGAAUCCAAGAAGGCAGAAAGACCAGCACUACCCUCUCCAGACCAUGCUUUGUCUUUCCUUCUUUAAUCAGAGCAGAAGAGAUUUGGAUUUGUCUCCUUCCCAAAGUAAAUUAUCCCAGUCUUUUCUGCUUCUUUUCAAGUUACAGUUCUUCCACGCCUUUGAUCAUUCCUGUCACCUUUCUCUUAACUGUUUCCAGUGCCAGUUCUUCCUCUGAACAUAGAGCAAAAAAUCUGGUCCUGUUUCAAUAAAUUGAAAUUCAAUAAAUUUUCCCCCCAUUGCAGUUCCUCUUGCAGAUGCUCUGCCUGUUUCUGCCGCCCCCUGUGUCAAAACAGCCUUCAUCACUGUCUGUGAGGACUAUGGUCUUUGCCAGUUGUCUCUUCCAAGUCUCCUGGCCAUGUCCCACCCUCACCUGCCUUGUGUUGGCUCAGGAACUGCCCUUAAUAUUCACAUCUGAAGAUAGAAGCGCAAGGGUGUCACUUAACAAUUGUUAGUAAUGAAGGCCUAGCCUUGCUAUGAGCAUUGUUCAUAGCCUGCCCAGACCCCUUUUCUUUUCUCUCUAAGCAGGUUUUGAUGGUUAAUCCAAUUAUUGCAAGCAGAAAAUUGCCGCUUAAUCAGCGAGGAGGGCCGGCGUUUCAAUUUCAGCUCUAUCAUCCUCACAUUGUCGCUGCCUGUGUAAGCACUCCCAUGCGCUGCUGGGCCCAGGCUGGGCACUCCAGGCUGUGUGCCCUUGAGCUGCCGGGGGUGGUUGAGUGUCGCCGUUAUACAUCUUUUUUUUGAGCUGGAAAGCAAAAGAAAGGAAAAGAAAAUGGUCGCUUUUAACAAACUGAUUUCACAACUCAUUUAUCAAGCCCUCUAGCAAACCAUUUAUUUUAGCUCCUUUUUGCUCCAUCAAAAGCUGUAUGUUAAAAGGGAGAGGUGAAUUUCGAGACGCUGGGAACUGAAGGCAGGUUGCAGUGCCACCUGCCCUCACCAGCACUUCGCUGGGAGGCUCCAGCUAGAAUUCAGGGGUCAGAGCUGUUGCUUUUCCUGAAGUGACUCCCGCCUUCAAAAUCGAAUUAUUUCUUUUGUCAAAUCCAAUAAGCAUUGAACACCACAGGCUUGGUUUCACCACAGAUAUGAAUAAAUGCCUCUGUACGGUACUUUCCACUGCCAUGAAAUAUAGAUAUAUAUGUAUACGUAUGUAAUGGGGAGUGUAAUUACUGUUCUACUUAAAGGUGACAUUCCACUUCAACGUUACUUUCAAGUGCAGCUUUUAAGAGAAGACGUGUCUUAAAGGGAAGCUGGAAUAGUUUAGAGGUAUGUGUUUUAACAACCUUUAAUGAGGUCUAAUAAGCUUUGAGUUAGGGCUUAAGUCUCUAAGGCAAAAAGCACCCAAGAUGAUUUUCCCGUCACCUUCCCAGAUCAGACCCUGUAAGAGUUUAACCUGGGAGUCACUGCUUGAACACUGGCUAUUCCUGAAGCUAUGUGGAUGCCACAUGUACUACAUGUGCGCCUGUGCUCAAAUGCCAACCUCCGUUUUGUACACAUGCUUGACUGGAAGGCAAAAGGCACACCUUUGUCUUGCUCCGAGACCCUGACUGUUGUUUUUGUCUCAGCAGAUGUAUUCCUUUGGUCAGUGCCACUCUUUCAAUUUUUUUUCUUUUUAAUUUGUACUUCCUCAGUUUAUCAGGUGAUUCCUGGAGGGCAUACUCCACCUGCCCAGCCUCAGAGCUUCCCUUCCAGCAACAUACCUUCUUCUCAUUUGUUUACUUGGAUGUACUGGACCACUGUGAAGCAAUUACACAAGCAGUAACACGGGUGUUGUAUUUUUCUGUCAUUGCCUUUUGUAAGACUUAAAAUUCCAUUGACAUUGAAAAGUGGUAGGAGACCCAGAAGCUGCAUUGUUUACUAGCAAUAUAGCCAAUGUACAGUGCUUCUGCAGGGGACCUGUCCUCACGUCUCAAAGCGGCUGGCUGGCUGAGGCCCAAUUUAAUUAACAAGGCUGGAUUAUAAACAAUCUUGGAUCCCUUCACCAACACUCCAUCAAUCUUGCUUCCAUCAGUUUUUGUGCUUUUGUUUAGUUUCAAGCUCAAAGAAAUGUGCUAAGACUCCCGUAUAGGGUGAGUAAACAUGCCAUAUAUUUCACAAGAAUUACAACAAAAUGAAGGGAUUUACUCUCACAUUGAACAGAAUUAAUAAGAAAUUCUAACUGAUGUAUUAAAAAGUUAUUAAGAACAGCCUGGAGUGAAGUUUCUGCAAUCAAACAAUUUUCUGCUUUUAAUUUAAAAAUCGGCAAAUAUUGAGGUACAUAUUGCCACCUUUUAGAAGUGACCUGGAACUAAAAUAUGAAUCCUCCCAAACGGGAGGUUUACUGAUACAGAUCUAAAUUUCACCAGUAAGUCCCAUGUUAGAUCACCCGCCUCUGGGCAGAGAGGAAACUUAAGGCUGCUCACAAGAGAAACUUAUAUUGUGAAUGGUUUUAAAGUUCUGCAGAGCUCCUACCCACUUCCAAAUGUUGGUACUGGGGAGGACCAGAAACCUUCCCGUGAACUCUGUGCAUUUUGCAUGUUGAAAUCCUGGCGUGAAUUCAGGUCUCCACCUCAGCUUCUUGUAAAUGUUAAUAUUCAAGUAGAACAAAAACGUUAGAGGCAAUUACAGCAUGAACAUCUCUUCUUGUUUAUGUGUAGUAGCUGAUAGCAGAGUCUGUAAUAAUAAUCUGUGUUUAUACAUGUGCUGUUCAAUGUAACAGUUGGGUACAAAAUACCUUUUAACUGUCACAAGAAAAUAACUGGAUUGAUGUCACUUUUUGCUUGUAUGAAUAUAAUUACUUGGCUUGCAGGGACCAGUUCCACUUCUGUCAUGUUAUUUAUGAUUUUUAAAUACAUUUGUGAUAAAUUAGGCUCUUUUCUAAGGUAAACAAUACUGGAGCCAAGCAGCUGUCUCCGUACAUGUGCAUGUUAUCACAGCUGAUAUCAAGUCCAAGUCAGACUCCUUGUCUUGCUUAGACCGUUCCUUAGCCUUUCUGGCUUAUUCAGGGAAAUGCGGACUAGUCUAUUUUCUUACUAAAAAUAUGGCUUUUUGAGAAGCUGAAAUUAUUUUUUAAAUCCUUUCUUUUUACAAUUAUUGAUUCAGAAAGACUAUAACAAUCAUAUUUUUCUAAACUGCCAAUUGCUUGUGUUGGGAAAUGAUAUAUAUAUAUAUAUUUUAUUCUACAGAUUUCCAUGUAGUUUUGAAACUGUUUGUUUUCAUAUAUAUCCUCCUAUUUGCUAGAAUUAUUUCAAAAAGCUGUAAGCUUCUGUAUACUGACUCUAUGAAAUUGUAUAAAAAUGUAGCUGCAUAAAAAGACUGACUUUAUUUUUUAUUUAAAUUGUUAGAGCUAAGUCAUCCUUAGUGUUACGCCACACAAGAUAUACUGAAAGAAAUCAGGUCGUUGUUUCAAAAGGCUGGACAGCGUUACGUGACACUUCCUAAAAAGUCUCAACUGAAAGUCGAGAAUUCACCCUAGAAAUGGUGCCAUUUCGGGGCCUGAUUCUAUAGUUUAUUCACACUGUUUAGGACUAUAUUUCACAAGUACUCCCAUGAAAUUUCACGGGAAAUAUUAAAAAUAAGAGCCUAUGAUGUGUGAAUAACAGUGAUAGAAUAAGGCCCUUUUCUAAUGAAGAACAGGACCUUUUAGCUCGUUAAAAGGCUAUAUUUUGAGUAUUUUAGGACAAGUUUUUGUGUUCUUUUCUGCGCUGUGGACUUCUCCUGUGUAUUCUGGAUUUAUUCUGUAGCUGGAAUGACGGAUUAAAUUGAUUGAAGCCCUGUGCACAGAUGAACAUAAUAGAAAGCUGCAGUAAAAUACUGCAGAAAAUGGCCUGAUUUCAAGCUUCAGAACAAUAACGUAACUCACAGCCUUAGCUUCUGUGCACCUGUGAAGCAGAGGUCCUUGCUUUGUACAUUGGCUGUGGUGUAACAUGGAAGGAUUUCUGCUCUCUGCCUGGAAAAUACUGUCUAUCCCUCAGCCUUGUGAGAAGCAUAAUAUUUUCUCAAGUAAAAAAAAUCUGAUUCUGCAAGAGUCAUUGGGGAGUUAAGGGGCAGCUGGGACCUUCUGCGAGCAGACCACAUUAUUCCAAAAGUUUAUCCCUCGAUGACAAAUGAAAUAUGAUGUGGCUUUGCUGUUUCAAGUAGGAUAAAGAGACUGGAAAUCCAUCACCCCAAGCCCUAGCCUUGUGACUGGUCUGUGAUGCUCCACUGUUACCAAUGAACGCUGUUGAAUCAGAUUAAAAUCAGAGCAUUUUAUUGCAUGUGUCCUUUUUUGUAAUGAAAAUAUAGUUGUAUUUGGUGGUGCAGUUAUAAUGCAGUAAAUAAACACAUACAUAUUUCUUUUUAAGGACUUUUAAA